GUAAUUCUAGUUAUUCAGUGAGUGUCACUGACAGUGAGAUGUAUGGAAAUAUAAACUUAGUAGGUUUUGCAGAAAAUUAAAACAUUAUUUUAUCGAUUUCUUUGACACAUAUAUAAAAGUAAAUGGUGUUAUUAAUUUUACUUCAAGUUAGGAUUUGUUUAAUAAUUUAGGAUAUUUUAAUUGCCUACCUUUUGGAUUGAACCUCGGAAAAGAAUACAAAAUUAUUCUUAAGUUUGUUAUGAUAUACAAGUUUUAAUGCAGAAACCACUCGUCGUUUAAAUGUCAUUUAGAUAAGCCAAUACACUCCUAGAGCCAGGAUGAGGUACAACAAGCAGGAACUGCUCACACUGGCCACGCAGCCCUCCCAGAAAUUUGACAAGGAGGGUAUCCUGCUCCUGCGAGAGCGCCAGGAAGGAUUCUUCCGACGUACUGAAAGGAAAGACUCGAAAAGAGGGAAAAGGGGAAAAGGCCUGCGGGAACUGAACUGCUAUAGUGGACCCAGCAAAGUCAGUCUUGAGAGGUGGUGUCGGCUUCGGGGGAACCUGCUAUUCUACUUCAAGUCCAGGGACCAGUGGUCAGAGCCACUGGGGGUGAUAGUGCUCCAGCAAUGCUCCAUUAAACUAGAUCCUCCCUCUCCCACUCCUUUACCUGACGGACCCUACGGUUUCAGCCUUGUGUUUGACGGAGGUCUGGCACAGCACGUGGCAGCGCUGACAGAGCAGGACAGGGAUCAGUGGCUGGACGCCAUACAGCUGUCGAGCUACGACUGCAUGAGAGCACACCUCCUUUCCUUACAGCAGAGGCUGGAAACGCGCCGAGGGCAAGACCCAGACCUGGACGUCCAAAUGUGGCGACUGCGACGCAAUCACACCCUCGACCCAUGUGAGUUACCUCUCUGUGAAGUGUCAUUGUCAUGUGACAAUCUGCUGUGUGACGGGCAUGGACGACCUCCCAACCCUGUUCUGCUGGUACAUGUGUACAUUCCAGAGGAGAGGGUACUCUUGAAAUAUGCCAAAACUGAAGUAAUAGAGAGGAGCAGCAAUCCCAGUUUCUUGAACACUGUGAGUUUCCGAGCGAGUGAUGGGUUGAAUAGUAACUCAAAGGUACGGCUAACGGCAUAUGAUGUGCGAGAGCCGGUGUCACAGACAGCCACGCCGCUAGGGUCCGCGUGUAUUACGUUGGGCACGCUGCAGGAUUGUGAGAGGCUCAGAAUACCACUUAAGUCAUGUACAGGCUCCACCGUCGGUUUCCUCAGUGUGUUUGUGUGGGCCCUGGAACGUGAGGAUCAUUCCACUCCCAGCACAGAGUCCACACCCUGCAGAACUGCACAUGUCGACCCGGCCUUGAUCCACUGUCAUCGCCGGUCACAGUCACUGCCUCCGCGGCUCAACUCCAAGCUGAAGCUGCCACACCAGGGUCAACUGAGGCUACUGUUUGCCAACCCAACAGUGCAGACUUACCGCUUCCACUCUGGGCUCGGUGGAGACAUCAGUGUCCACGAGGUCAUGGCUGAGAGUCGACUCUGCUUUACCUUCCCGCAACAGCUUCUAGGAGUCUGGAUACAGGAGGAGAAGGAGUUGUUGCAGGAAGUGGCAGGGAUGGGGGAGCUGGUGGAGCCCUGGCACUCUAAACAGGUCCAGUUGCUGGACAGACACCUGCACUUGCUGCACCUUUACUCCCAGGCCAGUGAGAACUUAGCAGCACACAAAGGAGGUUUUUUCAAGCCUAGUUCUCGAAAGAAUGACCGUUCUUUGGAGUUUGCUCCAGUAAACCUGCACCUGCAGCGGAUGUGGGUCCAAAAUGACACUCUCAAGAAGUGCGACUUCUACGACGUUGUCACGGUCGGUGCCUUCACCGCGCACUCACACAAGAAUAAGAAUGGUGGGCUAAUCAAGUUGUUACAGCAGCUGAAGGAAUCACCCAUAAAGGCGAACAAUAACUCUACACCAGGGUUGGACAAGAUCACCAUGGCUUUUGAUGCCAUCCAGGCAAUAAAACAGCUGAGGAGGGAGGUGGUGGAGGCGAUGAGAUCCCUGAUGCGGCUGGCCAAGGAGAAACAAACUCUUGGAAUGUUACCUAUCUGUGAGGAUAUGAUAUCCAAGACUCGUAUCCUGUUAACUCUGUGGGACCCGGGGCUGGUAGAGGAGGCUCUGUCAUUUGUGGAGAAACACAAAAUGUCCUUGACCGAUGACCUCGGCAGUGGAGGCAGCGGUGGGGAGGACAGCCUCACACUGUCACCCUUUCGCCGCAUCACCCAGCAGCUCAGCUUCAACGAGCUCAAGUCCCCAGACUAUGAUGAACUUGUUACUCCUGACAGUCCCCGUUGUCUUAAGGCACUGUGGGAACUGCAGCCAAAGAGUGGGAAUCGUAGCAGGGAGUCAAGCGAACACCAGUUUGUGAUAUUUCCUGAUGCAGAGGAGGAGGGAGAGGGAGAGCGAGAGGUGGAGGGUAAAAUAACAGAGGGGGAUGGUGAGACGGAGGACGAUGACAGCAGCUUGCCUUCUAUGUCCAAUGGCUUCGAUAGUGAUGUCGGACGAAGGUUCCUGGACACACAUGCCAUGAGCAGCUCUCCAUCAGCCAAUUACUACAAGCCCACAGAUGAGCCGGAGCCAUGGGACCUGACACAGCUCAACAUUGAGGCCAGUGUCAUGUGUCUGGUCAGCAAGGUCAAGUUCUUGUGUGGUCGUUGUGGCUCCCCUGCAGUCAGGCUCAGGUCACAAAGAGGCAUUGGUAGGUCAAAGAGUUUUCGGAGCGAACUGUCGAGUCAGAGCCAGCAAGAGGUGGUGACGAGUCAGCCAACGAGUGUGACAGUGAGUGGGGUGGUGGUGGGGGGCAGGACCGGAGGUCCUAAGCGGACUAACAGUGACGAUGCCAUCAACAAGGCUGUGGACUGUGCCAACGUGGUGCGUAAUAAGUUCACUGAGGGAUUAGACUUCUCUACGAUCACUGACUGGACAACGGAGCUGCGGCCCAGUAUGCGCAAACUGCGUCAGGCAAUGGACGGGUUGCUUAAGACAGCACGGCUCACACACAGCGUGUUCCGAGUGCAGGAGGACAGGCGCACUGCACAGAAGGCGUGUAAUGUGCGAUACAGGAGGCAUGUCUGUUUUUCUCAGGCGUUGACCGCACUGGUGACAGCCCUGAUGGCUAAGCUGUGGUGCCAGAAACCAGAUCCUGUGUUCCUACUGGUUUUGACCACCAUAGGACCCUUGGUGUCCUUCGAGGGACUGCUGAGCUACUACGGCGAUGAGGUAGACAUGUGGGGUGACAUGGUUGUAGCAGUGGAGGACCUACAGACUGUCGGCUUCACCAUGGCUCGCUGUCCACCCAACACAAGGCAAGAACAGGCAGUGCCCAAGGUGACAGGGUCACGGUCGUCGCUGGGUGUGGUGUUGCCAGUGCCUGACUCUGUACACUCUCUGCUGCCACUGUCCUCUCCCCCAGUAAGCUCUGUCACCUUCCACGUCACCCCUGUGUUCUUCAACAUUGGUAUCAAUGAAAUGGCCACUCUCGCAGAGAGUCUGGGUGCCACCAAGCCGCAGGAGCGCAGCAAUGUCGACAACUUUGACCGGCUCAAUCGUUACUAUCACCGGUUCCGCAAACUUAACGUCCCAUCCGAGAAAAGAGGAGUGCUCCACGGACCGCAGCAAGUCAGCCUUGACUCACUAGUAGACCAACUCAAAGGAACAGUGCUAGCCAGCCGGAGUAAGAAUGUAGAGAUCCUGCACCUCUCCUCCAGGAUCUGCCGGCGGAUGAAAGGUUUGAGGUUUACAAGUUGCAAAAGUGCCAAGGACCGAACUGGCAUGUCAGUUACUUUGGAGCAGUGCUGUAUCUUGCGUUCAGAGUACGACUUGGCAGAGCAUGAGUUCAGCCGUGCACUAGACUGUAUGCGGAGUGAGGGUUGUCGGCGGGAGAAUACGUACAAGAAUGUGAAUGUACGCAAGUAUGCCUUCAAUAGUCUGCAGAUACUGACCUUGCCCAAGCAGUAUAGACCCCCAGCUGGUACCUUCGGCUCAGCGCAAUCCUAGUGUGUCACUGUCACAGUUAUUGGGUAUCAGUGUUUGUCUAGUCACUAUAUGUCACAUAGCUCAACGUCACAAUACUGGAGGCUUGUGGUAACACAGUCUAGGAAUCAUUCACCGCACGCUCCUCCAUGUUCCUACAAUAUUCCACCACAAUAUGUUGCGUACCUAGAUAUUAUGUCCGCAACAACAAGACACCAACAAAGACUGACCCACACCUGUUGUCAUCCUUCAGUCUGUUGGCUGUGAUUACACAGUUCUUAGAUCAUGUCUAGUGUUCAGAUGGGUUUUACUUUACAUUGUACAGGUAUUUGGAUGAUUGUUAGCGAACAGUUUAAGAAUGUUAGACUGAUUAUGAUAGACUUAUAGUUAACUGAUAAAACAGGCUUUGUCAUGAUUACAAUCAAUACAUCUAUAGACUUUAAGGGAAAAAUUGUGGUUCUGUUGAAAAUUUUGGCAAAGCCGUAUAUUUGGUAUUAUAUACAACACAAAGUGAAUAAAACCCCUCUUCCCUUGACUCUUCUGCAAUGAUUUGUUUAUGUAAACGUAAUUGUUGAUAUGUGUUCAGUUUGAUUUUCUUUUAAUAACACAUUCUUUACUGACAUUCCUAAUGUUUAAGAAAUUUAGCUCAAAUAUAGUCAACAUUUUAAAUGUAAAUGUUUUACAAAAACUGUAAAUCUUCUAUGCUAACUAACCACAUUAAAUAAGUAACUGUAAGUGACCUAAGUAAUUAUAAGAUGAAUUUGCUAUAAUUUUACGGAGAACUGUUUUUGAAUUUUAGAUACUUGUCUCACAUUACUGGUGGAGAAAGUUAAUAGGACAUUUUGAAAGGAAACCUGCAAACUAACCUCAUUAUUUUGUUAGUAAUUAUUUUAAUUCAAGGGAAUUAUCACAAUGAGUUUGCUUAAGAACUCAGUUUUGUGCCAUUGUAUAUUGUGAACAAACAGUUUUGUUUAUUAUAAUGAAAAGUAUUCAGAUUAUAAUGAUCAUGAUAUUUGGGAAGAAUAUUUAAAACAAGAUCUCCAUUUGUAGAAACCUUAUAAUUUUCUAUACUAAUAUGUUAUCUCUGAGCUAAGAUUGUCUGAUAUGGGGAUAAUCAUGCUUUUGAUAUGAUAACAGAUUGUAAUCAUAGUUCUAAAUUCAAUGGAUUGUGGGAAGUUUGUAGUUCCAGUAUAUCUGAUCUUAAAAUUAAAGAAAAUUAAUUUUAAAAUGUUAAAUACUAUACAGUUAUAUUAAUUCAGGUAUUAGUUUAAUGGAAAACAAAAAUAAAAAAAUUUUGGUAUGAAUAAAACACCAUCAGUACAAUAUAACAAUUAUUGUAUCCUCAAAAUAUGUUGCUAAUUUUUGUUCUCAACCUCUAUAAUAGCAUUCGUACUAUGCUAUAGAAUACAUGUAGAAUUGGGGCAUAAUACUUUGUAAGUGGCAUGCAGGGAAAAGAGCAUCAAAGUUUGUUGGCUCCUUAGUGUAUGUUGUGUUAUAAACUGUUAUCGUAUAGACUAUCUUCAGUUUUUUGCAAACACUCUUUUGCAAAAGAUUCAUCAUUGCAAAAUUACAUAAUUCAUCAUACUGUUAAUCAUGAAUUCAAUAUGUUUAUGGCAGCUUUUUCAGGGUUCUAUCGUAAAAUGAAGGCAUAGGAAGUAAGAAGGUUGCUCCUGUCUCUGCACUUUAAUUAAACAUAAAUAAUUGUUGCCAUUAAAUAAGUUUUAAAAA